AUGAAGUGGCUAACGGUCGACGCCUAUCCUUUGGCUUCGCAGCGCAUCAACCGCCUCAUGUCGGACCUGGUUGAGCUCCUCUCGACGACCCACGGGGACGCCCUCGCCUGCAUCCUCUACCACAGGAAGCUCUCGGAGGACGACGAGCUGCGAGCCCAAGAGGUCGCCGCUGCUUUGGAUGCUGCCGUGGUGCUUCGGGCCAAGGGCCAGCGCUUGGCUUGGCCCGCCCGACGCAGCUUCCUGGUGCAGGAGAACGAGGUCAAGGGCAAAGUGUAUCCCCAGUGGCUCAUGGAAAAUGUCUUUUUCCAGACCAACCUCCGGCUGAAUCAGGAGAUGCAGUCAUGGGUCGCCAAGAAAACAGCUGGGGAAGAAGGUCGUGAUCUUCUGGAAGCGUAUUGCGGAAACGGGAACUUCACUUUGCCGGCUGCAAGCAACUUCCGCCGGGUGCUAGCUGUGGAGACCAACAAGCCAGCAGUACGAGGGGCAGAAGUCUGCGCGAAGAAAGCAGAGGUCCAGAACGUGGAGUUCCGCAGAUGUCGUGCUGAGAGACUCGUCCUGGAGAGCCACAUUCAGCCGACAGGGCCUUACGACUUCUCCACGUUGCUGGUGGAUCCUCCGCGCGCGGGUCUGGAUGACCGCUGCCGCUCCAUGGCGGAGAGUUUCGAACACCUCAUCUAUGUCUCCUGCAACCCCAGGCUGGAGCCCAGUGGUACUUUUUGUUGCUACUAG